AAACCCAUCAAAGAUAAUAGAAUAAGAUAAUCAUCUUUGCUUUAAUUGGAAUGAAAACAACAACCCCUGUUUUGUAAUGAGUGAAUCUUCUGAUGAAAGUUCAUAUUUUUCACAUUCAUUUAUAACCACCAAAUUUAGACUUAUCUUCAAAACCACCCAUCCUUGUUCCUCUCUAAGUGACAGAUAACCCAUAAGGCCACAACCUAUCAUCACAAGGGCAAAGAGAAUAGCAAGGAAAAAAAAAUCCACCAAAUCAACUCCCCUAAUUAAUAGCAUCAUCUAUUGAUUUUUUCUACUCAUGCCAAUCUCGUGCUUCUUUCUCUCCCUCUUAUCUUCUUUAUUUCUUUUCUUUUCUCUAAAGCCUCCUCUUAGAGAAACAAUACUACAGAACUAAGCCAUGGCUGCCUGUGGAAGCCUUCACCAUAUCUUUGAAAAUCCAUUACCAGAAACUCCACUUCUUGAAUCCCUCUCUUCUUGGAACCAAAUCAAGCCUGUAAAACCCAUUGAGCAGUCAUCUUUCACUGAAAUAUUUGGUGAGCUUCAUUUCAAAGAAAAUUCUGAGUCAUCUUCAUCAUCACCUACUCUUCCUGUAUCAUCCUUCUCUUCCCCUUGUUCAUCUUUUAUAGAUUUAAUCCCCCACGCAUCAACUUCAGAAGCCAACAAGAAUGAUAGUUUAGGCAAUGAAUAUGAGAGCAAGAAGAGCCCAUCACUUGACUUCUAUUCAAGCACACCAAAGAAUCACCAAUACUCAGGGGGUCACAAGAACGGUGACAGCUUUUCAUCAAGGAACUAUGAGAGCUUGCAACUAUGCACCGAGGGGCUUGGUUUUGAAAGCUUUGAUGAUGUUGAGGACUUGAAGAAUGAUAUAAAUGAAGAUUGGCAAUACCAAGAGGAGAAAGUAAGCAUCACAAGGCAUUCAACAAUGGAGAAUCUAAGUGGAGAAAUCCGGAGGACAAGGCUGAGCGGCAGAGCAUUCCCACCACCAAUUUCGUGUAUAGGCAAGAGUGGAAAACCUUGGGUUUCCUUCAAGUCUUAUAGGCAGGAUGGCAGGUUCGUUCUUAAGCAAGUAAGGAUUCCCAGCCAAGAGUUUUUACACGCACAUAGAGAAGAUGGACGAUUAAAACUGCACUUUGUUCAGCCAAGUGAUGAAGUUUUUGAAGAAGAAGAUGAAUAUGAUGGUGAUGAGGUAGGGGAAGAAGAAAACUGCACAGAAGAUGAGGAACAUGAAGAACAUGAAGAAACAGGACACAAAACUGAUAAGGAUGAUGAUGGAUGAAAAGAACACUGUGAGCUGCAGACUUAAGCCAGGGCAAGUUGUCAUGCAUGGGUAGGAAUUUUUUUUUUCUUGACUACUAGGAAAAUCUCCAGCCUCUGUUUUUCUUCCACAGUUGCAAAUAAGUAGAAAAAAGAAGAAAACUUUUGACUGUAA